AACAAAUAUUAAUAGUUAUUAUCAGUUAGUGGUAAGAUUAUUAUUGUUAUAUUUGGACAUGCUUAUUAAACAUACAAGUGGUGAUGACAAAUACUUAUUCUGACUUUUCUGUUAAGAAGUUACUUUGGCUUUCUUUGUUGCUCCUCUAUGGUAUAAUUCUAGAAGCCAUAAAAAGUUAAGGGUCAUUUUUUAAUAAAAGGAACUAGGUCACUGUUGAAGAGGUUUCAUCAGGACCUUAAGCUGACUUUUAAACAAAACCUUCUUCUGUUUCAGUUUUGUAGACAGACACUGAGAUUGGGGCACUUGUGCCAUGGAUCCCUCCACCAGUGUUACCAAUAGUUCCAGCAUCCAGAUAUACCAGUUCAUCCUGAUGGGGCUCCCAGGCAUUCAUGAGUGGCAGCACUGGCUCUCCCUGCCACUGGCUCUGCUCUACCUCUUAGCUCUGGGUGCCAACAUCCUCAUCAUGGUCACCAUUCGAUGUGAGCCCAUGUUACAUGAGCCCAUGUUCCAUUUUCUGGCUGUAUUGGCAGUGGUAGACAUUGGCCUGGCCACCACCAUCAUGCCCAAGAUCCUGGCCAUCUUCUGGUUUGACGACAAGGCCAUCAGCCUCCCUGAGUGUUUUGCUCAGAUCUAUGCCAUCCAUUUCUUCUUCUUCAUGGAGUCUGGCAUCUUCCUCUGCAUGGCAGUGGACAGAUACAUAGCCAUCUGUCACCCCCUCCAAUAUCCUUCCAUAGUCACUGAAGCUUUUGUGCUCAAAGCCACAGGACUCAUGAUGCUCAGGAAUGGCCUGUUGACCAUCCCAGUGCCUAUACUGGCUGCACAGAGAAACUACUGCUCCAGGAAGGAAAUUGACCACUGCCUCUGCUCUAACUUGGGGGUUGUCAGUCUAGCUUGUGAUGAUAUCACCGUGAACAAAUUUUACCAACUGAUGCUAGCAUGGAUCCUGGUUGGGAGUGAUAUGGUUCUGGUAUUUUCUUCCUAUGCUCUAAUCCUUCACUCUGUGCUGAAGCUGAAAUCAGCAGAAGCAACGUCCAAGGCUCUGAGCACCUGUAGCUCCCACCUCAUCCUCAUCCUCUUCUUCUACACAGGUAUCAUUGUGCUGUCUGUCACACACCUUGCAAAGAAAAAUAUUCCCCUCAUCCCCAUACUCCUUAAUGUACUGCACAAUGUCAUCCCCCCUGCGCUCAACCCCAUGGUCUAUGCACUCAGGAUGCACGACCUCAGACUAGGCUUUCAGAGACUGCUUGCGCUGGGUGAAAAAGUGUCCAAGUGACUCCAGCUUUAGGAAACCAUUAAGUGUUAGGAAAUCACAGAGGUUUUAGCUCUCAAUAGACUUGGGUUGUAAUCUGUAAUCUCACUAGGGAAAAAAAAUGGCCAAUAAAAUCAUGAAAACUGUCAGCCACAUGAAUCAAAAUAUGCAUAUUAAAAUUAUAAGCACAUUUCCUACUAGAAAAUAAGAAUAGAGAAGUGAAAUGUCCCUAACUCUUGAUGCCACCCCAAGACUGACACUCUUAUACACAGCUGGGGGAACUGUAAAUUGGCCCAAACAUACCAAGAAGCAAUUUGGCAAUGUAAAUGUAAAUGUUUAGAUUCUCUU